AGCCGACACGGAACCGCUCGCCUUACAUUUGUUUAUUUUAGCCUUUGCAUUGCUUUCUUAUCACCCCAGCUUGUCACAGCUUUGCGGCUUCCCCCUGUCCUCUAGGAGAGCGCAUGCUCUCGGCCGGAUGGCUGCCCUACUCCGGUGCUCAGACUGCGCGGGGGGACCUGUAAGGCCCAGGGGCCAGGACUCGGUCCGUCCGCGGUUCUUCUAGCCUGAGCGGCCCCCCGGGGGUGCAUUGCGGGCGGGCCUCCCUCCGCAGUGAUGUCGGGGUUCAAUCUGCUCCACCUGGUGACUAAGAGCCAGCCUGUGGCGCUACGGCCCUGCGGCCUCCCCUCAGGGACCUGUCGGAGUAAGAAAAACUGGCCAGUAAAGUUCACCCAAGAGGAGCUGAGGAAGCGCCUCACGCCCAUCCAGUACCAUGUCACCCAGGAGAAGGGCACCGAGAGCGCCUUCAGAGGAGAGUUCACCGGCAAUAAAAGAGAGGGGACGUACACGUGUGUCGUCUGCGGCGCCCCCCUGUUCACAUCUGAUACAAAAUUUGACUCAGGAUCAGGAUGGCCCUCGUUCUACGACCUGAUCAGGGAGGACUCCAUCGUUCUGACGGAUGACUACUCCUUUGGAAUGCACCGGAUUGAGACGACCUGCAGCCAGUGCGGAGCUCACCUGGGACACCUCUUCGACGACGGCCCUCGCCCGACGGGGAAACGCUACUGUAUCAACUCGGCCUCCUUGGCCUUCCUGCCCAAAGAGCCAGCUGCCCCCGACUCAGCGAAGGGAGCGGAGGGAGGGGAGCCAGCAGGGGGCGCCCCAGGUGGGGUUAGAGCAGAAGCCACACCCCCCAGCAAGACUGAACUUUGAGCAUUUGUAACCGAAUGGUAGUACUCCACCCAGGCCUGGCCACGCCCCUGCCCCUGCCCCUCUGUCACCCAGGGAAACGGAGCUGGGCAUCCUCUCGCUCUACAUGCCUCCAACCCAAAUUACCCCUGGGGCGUAAAUACUCCUGGCCGUAAAUGCCCCUCGCCGUAAAAAUACCCCAGGCUGAUUCCCUGAACCCAGACACCACAGUUGAAAUUCCUCCGCUGGAAUGCCGCUCAGAGACAAGGCAAAUACCGCAGCUCGAGUCAACCCCGACAUGACUGUCCGAGACCAGAUACUCCCUCGCCUCCCAAAACACCCCUGCCCAUCUCAAGACUCAGAGAUCUAGAGAGGGAUGGUUACAGAUGCAGUAGUCUUGUGUGAAGCACUAAUGCUUCAAAACAAGACAGGUUUGGAUAAUAUAUGCAAAUGUACUGUUAUUCCAUUUUUUGCAGAAAUAUACUACACAGCUGUUGAAAAAAAGAAAUAUAUAUAUUCUUUGUUGGAACAAUGUGUUAUUUUUGAAGUGAUAUUUGAUACUGAGAGUUUGAUGGUUUGGGGAAAACGCUAUGCAAGUGCUUUUGAGAGCUGUAAAAUAAGCACCAAGCCGAGAACAAAGCGUUCUUUCAAAUAAAAUGGAACAGAUGACAAAUGUUUAGUCUGAACACAAAUGGAUCCUGGCUUUUAAGGGUGCUUUUUUGCCUCUCGUGUCUUGG